UAUUACUUCCCACAGUUCAGUGGAUGUCACUUAGCACGAAGCUCCACCCACCUCCCUGUGUUGUAUCCCUACAUAGGAGGGUCUAGGUUCGGGGCGGGCUUGGUGUGGUGUUCCAGGACAACGUGACACGGAAUUAAAGUUUCCCUUUUAAUUUGGAUUGAUUUAGGAUUAUACAGCGACAACCCGACAUCAUGCUCAGAAGGAUACUGCAGCGGACUCCUGGAAAAGGAGGCCCUGAUCAGCCUGCCACAGACGUCAACACUGACCAGACCUCCGAGGGUUUCAUCUGUCCUCAGUGCAUGAAGUCGCAUAACUCUGCUGAGGAGCUCUUCAAACAUUAUGACGUAUUCCAUGAAUCUGCCAACGAGCCCAUGUCCCAAGGGUCCAGCAGGGAAGACUUAGCUCUGCUCCGACAAGAAAUGCAGGACCUGCAGGCCUCUCUCAAGGAGGAGAGGUGGUUCUCUGAGGAAUUGAAGAAAGAACUUGACAAAGUCCAAGGACAGCUGAAGCAAGGCCCACAGAAUGAUGGCCAGGCUGGUGUGGAGGAGUCAGACCUGGAGAGGAAGCUGAAUGAGGCAGAGACGGAGAAAUUUAACAUCAAGCAGAUGAAGGACCUAUUUGAGCAGAAAGCAGCCCAGCUGGCCACCGAGAUAGCGGAUAUUAAAUCAUGUUACGAUGAGGAGAAGAGUCUGCGGGAGAUUGCAGAGCAGCAGAUCUCCACCCUGACCCAGGACCUGCAGAAGGAGAAACACGAGAAGGAGUGCUUCGAGGCAGAGCUGCUGCAAAGGCCUGGGAUAGAAGAUGUGGAGGUGCUGAAGCGGGAGCUGGUCCAAGUGCAGACCCUGAUGGACAGUAUGACUCUCGAGAGAGAGGAGCAGUCCGAGCGCCUGAAGAUCCAAUUCCAGAAGCUGCAAGCUGAACACACUUCCUCUGAGACUUGUAAACUGGAGAUGACUAUCUCCCAGCUGAGGACAGAACUGCAGAAAGGGCCACAGGAGGUGGCUGUUUAUAUACAGCAAAUACACCAGCUCCAACAGCACAAUCAGGACCUUUUGGACAAGCUUGGGAAGAAGGAGUGGGCAUGCCAGGACCUACAGGAGCAUCUGAACCUGGAGCAGGCCAGCAAAAAGAGCUUGCAGACCUCCCUCCACCAGAUGGAGCUAGAGUUCCAGAAACUGCAGAUCCAGGCCUCUGCCUCUGAGGCCUCUCUGCAGACGGUCCAGGCAGAGCUAGGCGAGAAAGAUGAAGUGGGUGGGCGGCUCCAGCAGGAACUCAUGGAUCUUGAGCUCAGCCACCAGCAGCUGAAGGCCGAAGCCAAGCAACUCAUACAGCAGAAGGAGAAGCAGGAACAACAGACCCAACAACAGCAGUAUGAAAUCAGCCAGCUCCAUGUCAAGCUGCUUGAGAUGGAGCGUCAUCUGGGAGAGGUGCAGGGCCGUUUGAAGGAACAGAGACAACUCUCUGGAGAGAAGCUGAAGGACCGUGAGCAGCAGGUGGCCGAACUGCAACUCAAACUUUCACGGACAGAGGAGCAGCUGAAGGAGAAUGUGAGCAAGUCCUUGGACCUGCAGCACCAGUUGGACAAGGCCCGGCAGAGCUACCAGGAGGUCCAGGCUCUGCACCAGAGCACCAGCGCCAAGCUGAGGGAAGCUCAGAAUGACCUGGAGCAGGUGUUGCGACAGAUUGGAGAUAAGGACCAGAAGAUCCAGAACCUGGAGGCUCUGCUGCAGAAAAGCAGAGACAGUAUCAGCCAGCUGGAGGCUGAAAGGGAGGACCUGUGUGCCAAGAUACAGGCAGGAGAAGGAGAGACCGCUCUUCUCAACCAGCUACAAGAAAAGAACCAUGCCCUUCAGGAGCAGGUUGUGCAGUUGACGGAUAACAUGAGGAAUCAAUCGGAGAGCCACAAGCAGGCACAAGAGAACCUCCAUGAGCAGGUUCAGGAGCAGAAAACCCACCUGCGCUCAGCACAGGACCGCUGCCAUGCCUUGGAGACCUCCAUCACUGACCUCAGCAUCCAGCUGACCGAGAGUAAAGAGAGGGUCGCCCAUCUGGACACUCAGCUCAAAGUCAAGACUGAAUUACUUUUGUCCACUGAGGCAGCCAAGACCAACCAAAGGGUGGACCUGCAAAACCACUUGGAGACAGCCCAGCUUGCACUGCAGGACAAACAGCAGGAGUUGGUGAUGACACAAACCCAGCUGGGAGAGCUUAAUGGGAAGCUGCAGGAGAAACAGUGCCUCUGUGCCCAGCUGGAGAUCAGCCUGAAGGAGUACAAGGACAAACUACUGACUUGGGAACAGGGGGCUGAAAAACUGGAGGGCCAGAUCAAGAUGCUAGAGGUUGAAGUACAGGAGGUGCAGGCAUCCCGGGACCAGGCCCAGCAGGAGUUGUUGGACGCCCAUAAAUGCAGCACAGAGGCAGACUCCAAGGUGCACCAGCUGACCCGCCAGUUGUGCACAGAGAAAGAGGGGUCUGUCAGACUACAAAAGGACCUGAAGAAGCAGAGUGCCCAUCUAGUGGAUAUUCAAAAGCAGCUGCAGCAGCAAGAGAAAGAUAAGGCUUACCUGCAGCAGAGGCUAGACAGCCUGGCAAAUAAGGGUUUAGUGCAGCAGGCGGAGCUGGAGAAGGUCCGGCAAGAGAAGGAGGUAUUGACUCAGGAGCUGAAGUCUGUGCAGGAAGAUCUGAAGAAAAGCCACAUUCAACUGGACGAGGAGAGGAAGAACAGUAAAACCACUCUGGAGGAGAAGAAGGCUCUCCAACAGGCCAAACAACAGCUGCAUAAGAUGUCAGAGGUUUCAGGCAAGGAAUUGGCAGAAGUCAAAAGCCAACUGCAGAAGAUGGAGGAGGCAGAGAAGGGUCUGGAAUCACAACUGACUGCCCUGACUGCACAUCUGGCACAGACACAGGAAGUGCUAAAGGAGAAGGAAAAGGAAAUGCAGCAGCUGCAGGACAAGAUGAAGGCAGCCCAGGGAUCUUUUGGUCAGGAAGUCAAGAAACUGGAGGGUCAGCUGACCGGCCUGCAGUCCCUGAAUGCUAAGAAGGUUGAGGAGGAGGGUAAGCUGAGGGAGCAGUUGACCGCAGUGUUCAAGGACCUAACAUCUGAGAAGACCAAGUGUGCAGAGCUGCAGAAGAGCCUGGACAAUACCCAGCAAACACUGGCUGCACUGCAAUCUGACUGCUAUGCCAAGGACUCAGAGAUCUCUGCUCUGCGGCAUGACCUGAAGGCAUCUGAGGAUAAGUUGACACUGGCCCAGGAGGAACUUUUGGCAAACCGGACUCAAAUGAGCAGCCAGACAGUACUGAUUCACGAUCUGAAGGCAAGCCACACAGUACUACAGCAGGAUUCUACCAAGAAGGAGGAACGAGUCCAACAACAGGAGGAGGCCCUGAGAGACCUGCAACAGCGGCAGGAGAGAAGCCAGGAGGAGUUGCAGAAGGAGCAUUUGAGGAUGAUGGAGCUGAAGGAAGAAAAGAGUAGACUAGAGCAGGCUGUGAACUGCCUAAAUGAGGAGCUGAGGGCCAACACUGAGCGCAGCAACAAGGAGCUGACAAAGCUGCAAGAGGCGAAGCAGCUGCUGAUCCAACAGAAGCUCGAGAUGCAGGGGUGUGUGGAAAGUUCACAGGCAGCACUGGAACAGGAGAGGAGGGAGCAUCAAGCCACACAGGACAGUCUCAAUCACCAAGAUGAGGAGCUGAAAAAAGAAAAGGCUUAUAUUGAGGCCCAGCUGGAGACAGAGCUGAAAGCAAAGGCGGAGCUUGUGAAGUGUCAUGAAGAGGCGAAGUCCAGACUGUCAAUGCAGGUGAUGGCACUUAAUGAAAACAUGGCCACACUGAAGCGCGAGUGGCAGAGCAGCCAGCGGCGUGUUGGUGAGUUGGAAAAGCAGACUGAUGAACUGCGAGGAGAAAUCGCCGUGUUAGAGGCCACUGUGCAGAACAAUCAAGAUGAACGACGUGCCCUGUUGGAGAGGUGCAUAAAAGGCGAAGGCGAGAUGGAGAAGCUUCAGGCCAAAGUAGUGGAGACGCGGCGCAAACUGGAUGAUACCACGGCUGCCAUGCAAGAGCUGGGCAGGGAGAACCAGUCCCUACAGAUAAAACAGUCCCAGAAUCUGACGCGCAAAUGGGCAGAGGAUCACGAAGUGCAGAACUGCAUGUCCUGUGGGAAAGGGUUUUCCGUAACUGUCAGGAAGCAUCACUGUCGACACUGUGGGAAUAUUUUCUGUGGCGAGUGCUCUUCCAAAAAUGCCUUAACACCGUCAUCCAAGAAGCCAGUGCGUGUGUGUGACACGUGUUUCGAGGAGCUGCAGGGCUGAGAACUUCCUGCACACUUCACCUAAGAACUCCAAUCCUUUCGUAUACCACAUACAUGCACUGGUACCUACUCAUAACACCUGUUACAGUUCCAUUGUGAACUAAAAGGAUUGGAAUCUUGUGGAAUUUGGCCUGGGAUCACAGGGACUGAGAGGAGGUAUUUGUGGGUACAAAGAUAGCCACUGUCUAUUGGCUAGUAUGAAGGUAUGGGUCUGCUUCAGCAUAGACGCAGGCUAGCAUAGCUGUAUAUGGUGCCUUUACUGCUAAUGUAGCCAGAUUAAUUUGGCACUGUUAAAUAUAAGUCUGAUCACAGCAUUCCUCUGAAACCCACAUUGAUUUGGCUACAUUGGAAACAAUUAUGGCUAUUGUAUAUUAGAUCUAAAGUGAAAAUCAAGAAUAAAAGAUAUUGUGAUCGCCGUGAAAGCAGGUUAUAUGAUCAAAAAGGGUCUGCACCAAAGAUGGCUUUGUGAAUGUUUGCCAACAUUGUGUCCUGUGAGACUCUUUCUUUAAUUUGUGGUGCCGUUCUGUUUGAUUUCUUCUUUUGAAGAUUGGCUGCACUCUCAGCUUGAGAUUUGUCUCCUCAGACAUUGCUUAUGAGAUACAGAAGCAUUGACACAGGCUUUUGAUCCACUCCCUUAUAAAUUAUUAGUGGACUUUACUGAGUUUCUUGUUUGUAGAAAAUGGAAUGUCAUUUUUUGCAUUGCUUUUUUUAAAGACAAAAUUUGGUGAUUCUUUCAUGAUGUAUGCAGACUGGAUAUACAGUGACAUGAAAAAGUAUUUUCCGCCUUCCUGAUUUCCUCUAUUAUUGCAUAUUUGUCACGCUGGGUGCUUUUGCAUCUUUAGACAAAAUGGAAUUAAUAUUAGACAAAGGGAGAUUGAGUAAACGUAAAACACAUUUUUUAAAUUAUUAUUUCAUUUAUUUAAUGAAAAAAGUUAUCAAACAUCCAUAUCACACGUGAAAAAGUAAUUGACCCCUUAGUUACUCAAUCAACCAAUUAACCAAAUUUACUUGAUUAUUGGAUUCAGCUGAUUGAACACAGCCAAGAUUGAUUGCAGCCAGCCCGAUUGAAUUUAAGACCCAUUCAUAUUGAAACUUACAUUCAGAGUGAUGUAGUCACCACAAAGUUUCUACAAGCACACUAUGCCACGUUCAAAGGAAAUUCCAGAAGAGAUGAGAAAAUAUAUCAGUUGUUGAAAUAUAUCAGUCUGGAAAGGGUUGCACACCACAGUGAGUGCCAUUAUUUCCAAAAUAGAGAACGCUUGUAACAGUGGUAAAUCUUCCUAGGAGUGGCCAGCCUGACAAAAUUUCUCCAAGGGCACAGUGACAACUCAUCCAGGAGGUAACAAAAGAUCGCUGAAGAAAAUCCAAAGAACUGCAGGCCUCUCUAGCCUCAGCUAAAGUCAGUGUUAAUGACUCCACAGUAAGAAGAGAGAAAAACAGGACUCAUGGGAGAGUAGCAAGGCGGAAACCACUACUAUCCAAGAGAAACAUAAAUGCUCAUCUCACAUUUGCAAAAAACCUGGAUGAUUCACAAGCCUUUUGGGAUAAUGUUCUAUGAACAGAUGAGUCAAAACUGGAACGUUUUGGACAACACAGGUCCCAUUAUGUAUGGAAUAAAGCAAACACAGCAUUUCACAAUAAGAACAUCAGACCAGUCAGACAUGAUGGUGGUAGUAUGAUGGUAUGGGGAUGCUUUGCUGCCCCAGGACCUGGAUGGUCCUGGGGCAGCAAAGCAUCUGAUAUCUAAUUAUAGGAAGUAUUUGGUUUCAGUUAUUGCUGCUAAAGGUGGUGCAACCAGUCCAAGUUUAAGAGUGUGUCAUUAAGUUUACUUUUUCACAUGGGUUAUAUGGGUGUUUGAUGACUUUUUUCAUGAAAUAAAUUUAAUAAUAAAAAAAAAAAAAUGAGUUUUUGUUUUUAAUAUGGUUCCCUUUGUCUAAUAUUACAUUUUGUCCAAAUGUGACAACCAUGCAAUAAUAGAGGAAAUGAGGAAGGGGUAACUUUUUCACGACAUUGCAUGGUAAAUGGGAUAUGUAAGUGAGAUUUUUGGUUUCCUGUUUAUGUGCUUAUUUACCAGUGCUGCAGGUAUAUCAGUGAAGCACUAACCAUGGUCAGUUGGUAUUGCUUGCUAAUAGGAGUGUCUCUAGCAGACAUGACCCUUUGAUUAUCAUUAGAGGCCUCACUCAUUGUGCUCCUGGGACAUUGUGCUCCUUUUGGACAUGUAUUCACACUGCAGAGUCCAGAUAAGCACUUCUGAAAAGCCUGUUUUAUAUUUGUUUCCAUUCUAGUUGCUUGCCUUUUCUCAUUUCCACUUGGACCAGAAAAGCCUGUACCCUAGCCCAUCACCAGGCUCAUUCAAGAGGAGCUUGUUUGUUUGUAAUUGCAGGUCCCUUGGUACAAAUAUUUUAUUUUUUGUUAUUACACUGAUAUGGAAAUUUUGUAUUCACACAUGCAUACAGUGCCUUUGGAAAGUAUUCAGACCCCUUCACUUUUACCACAUUUUGUUACAUUACAGCCUUAUUUUAAAUUGAUUAAAUUCAUUUUUAUUCUUAUCAAUCUACACACAAUACCCCAUAAUGACAAAGCAAAAACAGGUUUUUUUUUGCAAAUUUAUUAAAAAUAAAAAAAUGACAUAUCACAUUUAUAUAAGUAUUCAGACCCUUUGCUAUGACACUCAAAAUAGAGCUCAGAUGCAUCCUGUUUCUAUUGAUCAUACCUGAGAUGUUUCUACAACUUGAUUGGUAGUAAAUUCAAUUGAUUGGACAUGAUUUGGUGAGGCACACACCUGUCUAUAUAAGGUCCCACAGUUGACAGUGCAUGUCAGAGCUAAAACCAAGCCAUGAAGUCAAAGGAAUUGUCCGUGGACCACUGAGACAGGAUUGUGUUGAGGUACAGAUCUGGGAAGGGUACAAAAACAUUUUGGCAGCAUUGAAGGUCCCGAAGAACACAGUGCCCUCCAUAAUUCUUAAAUGAAAGAAGUUUGGAACCACCAGUUCUCUUCCUAGAGCUGGCUGCCUGGCCAAACUGAGCAAUCGGGGGAGACAGGCCUUAGUCAGGUAGGUGACUAAGAACCCGAUGACCACUCUGACAGAGCUCCAGAGUUCCAAUACCAUCUUCCAAUACCAUCCCUACAGUGAAGCAUGUUCGUGGCAGCAUCAUGCUGUGGGGAUGUUUUCCAGCAACAGGAACUGGGAGCCUAGUCAGGAUUGAGGGAAAGAUGAACAGAGCAAAGUAGAGAGAGAUCCUUGAUGAAAACCUGCACCAGAGCGCUCAGGACCUCAGACUGGGGCGAAGGUUCACCUUCCAAUAGAACAACGACCCUAAGCAUACAGCCAAGACAACGCAGGAAUGCCCUUGGGACAAGUCUGUGAAUGUCCUUGAGUGGCCCAGCCAGAGCCCAGACUUGAACCCGAUCGAAUACCUCUGGAGAGACCUGAAAAUGACUGCGCAGCAACGCUCCCCAUCCAACCUGACAGAGAUGAACUUCUUAGCACAAAGCCCCUAGUGGUUGGGCCGCCGGCAUGCCGAGAUUACUGAACUCAGACAUUCGGUGCUACUGCAACCAAAGUAUGAGUUAAAAACAGAAACGCAUUGUUUUAGUUUCAUUAGUAGACGAUACACGACAACUAUGCCAAAUACGGAGUUUCGCAGCGCCACCAUUGUCGCUCUGGUCAUUAAUUUAACACGCCCCCCUCCCUGCAGUCUCAUCUGCAACUACACCCUCCCACCCAGCAUACCCUCCCACCAUAGCAACAAGAUAAACCCGACAAUAGCCCUAAGAUAUGCCAAUACAGCAGUGAAAACGCUGCUCACUCAAUAACGAAAUAAACAAGAAAAAGUUUUUUUAAAUGAUACCAUGUCAUUCUACAGUCAAUAUCUGGGACUAAAUAUUGAAUAAAUAUACAACCUUACCAUUGGUUUUACGCGUAGAGAUGUCCCUUUUGAGACUGAGUGGUCAUUCAUUGUCUUGGACAAUCCCUUUGUGAAAUAUACACGCAUUUGUGAUGACUGGGUAUCUUCCAAAAUAGCUGUGUGUAAUACCACACGUGUUGUUUAUGGCGUUGUCGCCGUUUUUAGUACAGUCUGGCUUGACUAACAAUUCAUUUAUUUAGUAGGUGAGAGUAUAAGCUUUCUAACGAUAUAACAUUUCUAAUUUUGCUUUUGGAAUAGCUUUUUAUAGGUCAGCGUAACUGGAAUUUUUCUUAUCAUCGCAUUCAAUUACGCAUUCACUCUAUGGUAGCAGUAAAACAAAGGCGCUGCUAACGAAACGUUGUCAACUAUUUUCGGAAUUUCUUGGAAAAUACUAUUAUUAUUGAGGACUUCUGAGCAUAGCUAAGACGUAUGUUUGCUGAUAGACCUAGCUGACAUCGUUUUCUGGUGUAAGACAGGAGCGGAUAGAACUAUAUAAUUGAUUUCCUGUCUCUGUCUCUAUCUACUGAAAACAGAUAAGAUUUCAUCAUUGCUAUGUAAGUAUUACUGCUCAAAAUACUCCGGUUAUAUACGUUAUUUUUUAAAUUGAGUGUCUUUAAAUAGGUUAGUGGUAUUAUAUAAUGUGGAUAUUUCACACUGUAAUGUAAGCGUUAGUAGUGUAAUAGUUUUUUUGAAGCAUGCAACAGUGAUGACGUGAGAGUUGGAGCAUUGCCAAAACGUGGUGGACGGUUGAAAAUUGUUUUCAUGUCGUCCCAUUCCCAUACAAGAAAACAUACGAGAGUACAGAGUAUAGAAAUACAUACAAGAGUUAAUUAGACAUUUAGGUACUGUACCGCAUUGUGUGACAAUAUUUCUGCAUUAUAUUUUAACCUGAUCGCAAUGUUCCAUCUUAAAACUUUAUAAGGGGCUCAUUUAUAUGCUUUAUAAUGGACAAAAAGCAUCUUAUUUAAUUUUGGAGAGAUUUUGGAUAUGUUUCUGGACACCUAGAUAUUGUAGACCACUGUACUGACUGAAAGCUUGUAAUUCCGACUUGGAAAUGAUGCAACAGUGAUUUGAGUCAAAACAGUUGAUUUGUAGUGAAAUACGUGAAUAUGUUGUCAUUCACAGCAAUGCAUAAUUUAGACAUUUUGGAUGGAUUUGGAGACGCUGGGUACACUGCUUAGUUUUUGCUUCAUACAUCUAUAGUAGUUCUACAUAUCCACCCUUAGAUUUUAUUAACUUGUGGUCAAGAAGUUUUUGAUCCAGCACAUGUAUAGUUUAACCUCCUGUAUAUAUGCAAUCUCUCAGUAUUUCAUUGCAAACUAAAAAAGUACAAAUUUUUAGAUUUAGAUUUUUUGUCUAGACAAUUACAUUUGUGGCACUUUAUUUCUUCCAAAAUUAUGAAUAUAUACUAAUCAGCGUUAGUAUUGUAAAUUGUACAAAUGUCUUGCUUCAUUUAAGCCAUUUUUCAAGUCUCUGUGGUGUUCACAUCUGGAGUUAUAAAGCUUUAAAUAGGGUACCCCCUAAAUGGGCAAGGAUUGGCAAGAUUUGGCUUGUGCGCUAAGGGGUUAAGAGGAUCUCCAGAGAAGAAUGGGAGAAAUACACCAAAAAUAUAGGUGUGCCAAGCUUGUAGCAUAAUACCCAAGAAGACUCGAGGCUGUAAUCGUUACCAAAGGUGCCUCAACAAAAGUACUGAGUAAAGGGUCUGAAUACUUAUGUAAAUGUAAUAUUUCAGUUUUUUAUUUUUAAUAAAUCAGCAAAAAUUUCUAAACCUGUUUUCACUUUAUCAUUAAGGUGUAUUGUGUGUAGAUUGAUGAGCUUUAACGUAACAAAACGUGGAAAAAGUGAAGGGGUCUGAAUACUUUCCUGAAGGCGCUGUAUAUACAAACACAUACACACCUCUUCAAUACCAUGGGCUUUUCCUUCUUAAUUUCCUCUACUCCUUCUCCCAGGGACAAUGCAGUUCAUUGUGCAGUGUCAGAGUGCACUUUUUUUUUUUCAUUACUACCAUAAUGAUAGUGUUAAUUUUUGUCUGCAAAAAAGCCACAAAUGUAAAAUAAUGUAUAAAAGAGAAAAUUUGGUGAAUACAGGUGUGCUUAAUGAUAGUCGUUGUCUGAUGUGCUUGUUUUAAAUGACACUACACUUUACUGUAAAAAAAAAACUACACCUUGGCCUUGUUUUUUGUGCAUGGGACGGCAGUCAGUUGUAUAUGGCCACUUUCACUGCUUUGUGUUUUUGUAGGUGUGCCUUACUUGUCCUUUCAUUGUGGCCAAAUUCACAGAUUCCAUGCAAUCAGAUAGGAGGUCGUUGUCCAGAUGUCCCAUUAAUUUUCUAAUUUGUCUCCAUGGCUGCUGAUAAAUAAAACAGUGUUUCUAUUUUUC